AUGGCGUUCCGAUCUGUUGGUGACUACUCGCAUGAAUUCGACGCAUUAUACAACGAGGACGAUGAUUGUUCGGUACUGGCAGGCCAGCUCCCUCUCGCUCCGCCCAUCGGCCACUAUGCAUUCAGUGCCACAACAGUGCCCAGCGGCUCCGAGAUGAGGCUCGUGUCCAGCUAUUCCGGCUACAUCACCCCAUUCACUAACCCCGAAGCGGCGGAUUGGCCAGAGCCGUUCGGAUCAGCUCCACCGCCGCGACCGACCAGCCCAGGGACGACCACGAAUGCCUGGGUCACCAGUGGAGACGCCAGCGAAUUUCGGAGGCCAGGUGUUCAGGCUCUCGAGCAAGACACUAGUGUAGCCGCAAUCCCGCCUAAUCAUCCAGUGCCCCGAACCCUGAAGCGUCCGCGGAAGCAGAACCAUUCAUUGAGCCUUCUGGAUGCGUUCCUGCAGCAAUCCGGUUUCACGCCUAGCUCUGCAUCAUCACGAGAUACAGCCCUACACGAGACAUGCAAGUGGGUCGCGAUUGCUACAGCUUCCCAGCUUGCUGUCCACAAACGAGACGGAGCAGGAACUGGUUCAGAAUGUCCCCAGGCUUGGGACAUUGCUUUCGAGACCUGGCAAAAAGCAAAACGAUUGCUCUUUGAAAACAUCGCCGCCACUAAAUCAUUCCGCAUGGCACUUUCAUUACUCCUCUUUGGUGCCAUACUGCCUCCAACUGGUGGGGACCGCGGCAGCGUAUUCGAGGAAGACACGGCGUACGCUCAGCGAGAGGGCCUCCAGCGUCUCCAAGGGCUCUGUUCUGAAGCGCAUGCGUACUUGCACAAACGCAGCGGUGCGCCACGCGAUUCGACGCCUCCGCCGGGUGGAAGCCCUCGGCCGGUCAAAACACUACAACCCGACGUGCGGAAUCUAAUAUUCGAGAUAAUCGGUGGUCUCGAGUGGCUUGUGACGAUGGCUCACUCACCGGCAGUCGUCACCUCCCGGACGAACAUCCCCAUCGCCACGCCUCUACUCUGUUCCAAAGAAGUUGAAGAAUCAAUCAUCGCUCGGGCUCGAGCCGAUUCACACAGCGUCACUUCAAUGUGGGACCGAGGCAUCUCCGAUAGCAUCAUGGCUCGUGUCGUAAGCCACGCUGGCUCUAUUUCCGUGCUCGUGUGGAGGGUGUUGGCCCUGUUGACCGUGGUAGUCGAGGGGUUGGAGACGGACGGGGUCGACUGCGAGGAGUUGUAUCGCCUUUACAUAACAAUGACAACCCUCAUCGACAUAUGGAGGUCGAAGUUUGGCCUGAUAAAUCAGACGAAUGCAAAAAGCCUGCAACAGUCACGGCCUGACGUACUGCGUAGCGUUUAUUUUUGUUCUAUGGAUGUCGAUCUUGCAAUACUACUGUUCUACGACCUUGUCCACCCGCUCGAGACCCAACUUCAGACAUUAUCAUCGCCAUCACCUGCACACGAGCGCUUAUGUUCUUCUCUCCAAGCGGGAAAAGCGUAUCACAAGGAGCAGCGCCUUACAAGUGCGAUGCAAAUCUCUUACGUAGCCUUGGCAAGUCAAGGCAUGUCAAGUCCGGGGUUACCGGGCAAAAGCGGUCUCAAGGAAAUUAUCCAGGAUAUUGGUGCCCACCCAUAUCUUGCUCUAGGUGUACAAGCACACCAACUAGCCGCUAAAGCACUGGCAGACGAGAUACAAUAUUGCAUUCAGGAGAUGGACAUGAAGCGCAUCCCGGAGCUGACGGCCGGCCUGGAAAGCUGCAUGCAGGGGCUUCAACGGCAACAGAAGACGCUUGUGAUGUUUCCAGGGAUGGCCCUUGAUGGUCCAAAGCGUGCCCUCAAAUAUGAGCGAGUCAUAAAUGACGAGCUCGCGCGGCGUAUAUCCGCCUUGCUCUCAGCCCUCGAGUCGCACACCGAGGAAGCCCGCACCCACGACCCGACAGCAGUGGCCUUUCGGGCUCUCAUGCAGUCAACGCCGCGUAAUGGCGAGGAUGACAACCCUCCGCCACGACCGGAAGGGCUGUUUGAUGGGGACGAGCCGUUGCCCACUUACUCCAAAAUGGUGGCCAGAAUUUUGGAUGAGGUGAAGAAGACGCUGGACGAAAAGGGAGUUGAGGUGGAAAGCCGCUAUGAUGCCAUGAUCGGGGUGAUCAAGGUUAAUCUCCAAAAGAUCAGGGAAUUGCAGAGUGAACUGCUGAAGAAGCUCGACAGGUUGGAAGCAGAGGAGACAGAGAAAAUCACCAGUGAAGACUACCACGUCGUGUUCGAUAGCUCCAAUGUCAGCAAAGCAAAGCCCGGAGAGACCAAGCAAAGGACGAAACUGGAGCUCCUAAACCCUAAUUACGACCUUCGCGACAUUAACUCCGAUACCAUGCCUCCAUCGACGACAGGCACGACAAAGGAGAGCGACGAAGAAGUUAUCAAUAAAGCCUCUGCGGCAGCGAAGCAGUUUGCACAGAUAAAGAUAUCCGACUAUCAGGCCAGCCGCGCGUAUCUCCUUUCGCAUCCCGAGAUACUCCGAGAAUCCGAAGUUGACGGCCUACUCAUCGAAGCAUUCGACGCUGCGCUCGACCGCCAAAACCUGCCCCAAUCCCGGCAGUACGUGCAUCAGGCAACUCUCUUAGACUACUGCCGGAGGCUAGGACGUGAUGGAAUGGCCAUCUUUUUCAAACAUGUCACCACCCCUGGUCACAAGGCGCGUGAAAUGUUAGAGAAAGAUACCAGCGAAAAAUAUCAAAGGAUCCUGGAGCUAGCAAGAGAUACUGAUAAGCAACGUGCUUCUGGGGGUGGAAGAGAGGGCGUAGAGCAGAUCCAGAUCCAUCCGGUAGAGCCAGGUGCCUCCAUCCAAAUUCGGAUUCCUCAGGAGGGUAGCGAAAUCGAGGAGGUUAAGAGGGCCAGAUCCAUCUUUGACAGCCUCGCACCAGAGAUGCGGGCCGCUCUGGAAAGCGGAUCGUUGGAGGAGGUAAACAAGGUGUUGGGGGCGAUGGCGGUUCUCGAGGCCGAGGUCGUAGUCGGCCUCCUAGGAGAAGCCGAAUGUCUCAGCAUUGAGCAAGACAUUAUCGAUACGACGACGGAUGAGGGAAAGAAACAGCUACAAACGCUCGAGCAUAAGAUGGAGUCAGAUUAA